AAAAUUUUGAACACUUUUUGAAUGAUAUUAAAUCGGGCCGGAGUUUUCAGUUCAUCGUUUCAAUUCGUCAACUGAGACAAAUUAAUUUUUAAAAUACGUCAAUUUUGUUAUAUCUGCAUUAAUUACAAUAAUAAUGAUCAUUUCAAAUCAUACUGGGUCCACAUCGAUGACAUUUAACUGUGGACUGGUCAUUGAUUCAUAAUAUUCGGUUUCUCUCUUUACUCGAGUCCGUGACGUUUGACUGUAAAUAAAUUUGGAAACUCGCCAGUUCUUUUGUCAUCAUGACUACUUUGCAAUCAAAUGCUUGUCAGUCUAAUGACCCAAAUAACUUAUUUCCGAUGGCAAUUGAUUCAUUACGAUUUCCUUUGGACACUACUAUGCGCAUCAUAUUUACUGGACAUUUUAAUGGAUUUAGUGUGGCUGUGAAUUCAGUGGAUGAAAUGGCUCUGUUGCAUCAAAUGGGUUGUUUUGGCAAAGGCUCUUUUUCACGUUCUAAGCCCAGAAUCCACCAAGAGAGUUUGCAAAUAAUGAGAAGGAGGCAGUUUGUUAAACGAAACUAUUGGUAUAAGAAGUUUUCUAAUAUAAUAGAAGCAUCUGAAACUGAUUCAUUUUUAAGUGAGGCUAAGGAAUUAAUCUUAAAGAUUAAAAAUGACAGCAAACAGAAAGAUGUGAUUGAUCUAGUGUCUAGUGAUGAAGAUGUUAAUGAGGAUGAGGAUGAUCACCGUACACAAAACACUUUUGAUUCAAACAGGGAAAAGGAUAUGGUUGUGAUUGUGCCAAAUAGUGACUCAGAGGAUGAUGAUUACUUUGCAAAUUUAACACCUCAGUGUUGUAUAAAUAAAACUAAAAUUCCUGAAAAAUUGAUGUUGACAUUACAAGAGGCAUUCUUUUUAUCAUAUGGUUUGGGUUGUUUGCAAGUGGUGCAUGGGGAUCAAAUAUUGAGUAUUCAACAAUGUUGGGAACUUUUUUUAGAAACGGACAAAUAUUUCAUACAAAAAUAUGUUGUUUACCAUUACUAUAGAGCUAAAGGAUAUGUUGUGAAACCAGCUAUAAAGUUUGGUGGAGAUUAUUUAAUAUACAAAGAAGGACCAGAUGUGGCACAUGCAGAUUACAUAGUUGUAAUAAAAAAUCUAACAGAUUUUGACUGGGUCUCACUGCUUGGUCAUAUGAGAAUGGCUAAUACAACUGUAAAGGAAAUCAUCAUUGCAGAAGUGUCAACAGAAAUUGAAGAUGUCACUUUACCAGAGGGGUUAAAUAAAUACACUGUGCGGGAACUGUUGCUUUCAAGAAAUAUUCCUUUAACAUUAAAUGAUGAUGUUAAUUAAACAAAUUUAUUUAAUAUUUACACUAAACACAUAACUACACAAAGUUUUAGGAUUUCAGGCCCUCUUUAUAGGGUUUUUGAUGCCGGUUUGUCUAUAUUCACUUCGUUUCUUCAAGUAUUCUUCAGUACAAAUGUUUCUAAACUCGUCAUUUCUAUACCAAUUAGUUAAGCAGUCUUUCAUGGCUGCAUUUUGUUUUCUACAAGUAACUACCAUUAACAAUGAAGAUUCUUUGCAGCAUUUUUCAAAU